AUGCCGGCAGCAACACGCGAAGAGGCCGGAGGCCCCAAGGUGAAGCCUGCUACCACUCCGCCUGAUGAUCACCCUGCUUCCACCCUGGAGGGCAUCGGGGAAGAGAUUCGCACAAUGGCGGCCUCAAUGGCUACAAAAGCAGAUCUCCUGGUCCUUACCACCACGAUUCAGGACGCACUGCGGGAUCUAAUGGCCGGAAUCCGGACGGAGCACUCCCAGGCGGCACAGACUGCCAGACUGGCGACGACGGACACAGCACUCACAAGGCAGGGUGACCUGCUCUUAAAACUAAGGAGGUCGGUUGAAGAUCUUGACAACUGCGGACGCAGGUGCAACAUAAGGGUUCGCGGAAUGCCAGAAAUAGAAGGUGAGGAGGACCUCUUCCGCUUGAUCUUGCCUGAGGAUACACAGCUGGACAUAAGGUACGACAGGGCACACAGAGCAUUGCGGCCCCGGUCGCUUGAGGAAGGCCCAAGGGACAUAAUAUGCUGCAUACACUACUUCUCAACUAAGGACGCCAUCAUGAAAGCGGCCAGAUCCCGACCCACAUGGGACUUCCGAGGGGCACAAAUAUCACUAUUCAACGACUUGUCCCCAGUAACCUUAGAAGCCAGAAGAGGUCUGCGACCCAUCACAACGCUACUCAGGGAUCACAACAUUCCCUACAAAUGGGGGUUCCCAUUCACCCUGCUGGCGAGACACCGAAACGGGUGGGCCUCAAUCCGCUGGCCGGAGGAGGCACCCGGCUUUUUAGAGGAACUAGGCCUUCCACCCGUACAAAUACCUGACUGGAUCCUGGGACUUCUCGUGGCUGGUCCGAGACCCCAACGGGCUCCUAGGCGACGCAGAGGAAGAUCACCGCCGGGACCGGCACAGCGCCACCGCAACCCACAAGGAGUCCAGGAAGAAUAG